AGGCGGAAACGGAGGAUGGCGGCAGGCGCGCAGCUGGUGGCGGUCGCGCUGUUGCUGCUGGCGGGGGCCGGCCCGCGGCUGGCCCCCGCCGAGCUUACGGAUGGCAACAGCGAGCACCUGAAGCGCGAGCACUCGCUGAUGAAACCGUACCAGGGCGCAGGCUCCGCCGCGAUGCCGCUGUGGGACUUCCAGGGCAGCACCAUGGUUACCAGCCAGUACGUGCGCCUGACGCCUGAUGAACGCAGCCGGGAAGGCUCCAUCUGGAAUCGCGUGCCCUGCUUUCUGAAGGACUGGGAGCUGCACGUCCACUUCAGGAUCCACGGCGCUGGCAAGAAGAACCUGCACGGGGAUGGCCUGGCCCUGUGGUACACGCAGGAGCGCCUCGUGCCAGGUCCUGUUUUUGGCAGCAGGGACAACUUUCAUGGGCUGGCUAUUUUCCUCGAUACGUACCCCAAUGAUGAAGCAACAGAGCUGGAAGGCUCCUGCGGCCUGAAGGCACUGACGUUGUCCCUGCAGCGUGUGUUCCCCUACAUCUCUGCGAUGGUGAACAACGGCUCCCUGACUUACGACCACAGUAAGGACGGGCGCUGGACGGAGCUGGCAGGAUGCACCGCCGAGAUUCGGAACCAGAAUCACGACACUUUCCUGGCAGUUCGGUACUCCCGAGGUCGCCUGACGGUGAUGACAGACGUAGAAGACAAGAAUGAAUGGAAGAACUGCAUUGACAUUGCAGGGGUACAGCUGCCCACUGGCUACUUUUUCGGUGCUUCUGCAGGCACUGGAGACUUAUCUGACAAUCAUGACAUUAUUUCAAUGAAGCUAUUCCAGCUCAUGGUGGAGCAUCCUCUAGAAGAUGACACCGUUGACUGGACAAAGAUCGAGCCAAGCGUCAGUCUCCUUAAAUCUCCCAAAGACAAUGUGGAUGACCCGACGGGGAAUUUCCGCAGUGGGCCCCUGACGGGCUGGAAGGUGUUCCUGCUCCUGCUCUGCGCGCUGCUGGGCAUCAUUGUGUGUGCUGUGGUGGGAGCUGUGGUCUUCCAGAAACGCCAGGAGCGGAACAAGCGUUUUUACUAAUGGAAGAACCGGGCUGCCGUGCCCGACCCGUUCCUUUUCUAUGGGGAGCUGUACAAACUGUGGUUUCUAAAAGCUGUUUCUGAGAAAUACAAGAAGUAUUUUCUUAA